UACGGACAAGGAAAUGAGAGUACAGCUUAGCGAGCUCAUUAAAACACAGAUGUCCCGCUUGCUGCCGUCAGAUUUUCACGAAUAUUGUGUGUUAAGUAGCUAAAUUAGUACGUCAGACCAGUUGUUUAGUGAAGAUAUGAAAUUACUUUUCCUUGCUUGUCUCAGCCCCAAAACUGGGAACCAUACUACAGCUGAGAGAAUAAGGUCCUACAUUGAAUCUGCAGGACACACGUGUGAGCUCAGAGAUGCAGGAGAAUUUCAGUCUCCCGCUGAUGUGGUAAAUCUGGUAUCUGAAAAUCCUCAGUUUGAGGCUGCGCUGGCUAUUCAUCUUUUCAAAGCAGGCAGGCUUCUCGUGGACAUUCAAAUACCCUUUGGCGUAAUCUUUGGCGGCACAGACAUUAAUGAAGAUGUGAAAGUUGAGCAGAAGCGUGUGGUUAUGCAACAGGUGCUACUGAAAGCCAGGUUUGCUGUUGCAUUUACUGACAAACUGAAAGAAGAGGCAGAGUUAUUUUUGGUGGCCCAGAGCAGCAAAAUCUAUGUCCAGCCCCAAGGCAUCCAAACAGAAGUGACUGAGAAAUUCUGCUGGACUGAAUUCUUGAGGAGCUCAGGUAUAAGGACUGAGCAUGCGGAUGAGCUGCGUGUCUUCUUAUUGGUCUGCGGCCUCAGAAGAGUCAAGGACCCCCUCUAUUUGGUGGACGUUUUUUCAAAGUGGCAUUGUGAGAAUUUGCUGAAUGUAUUAGUCAUUAUUGGGCCCAAGAUUGACCCUGUGCUUACUGCUGAAGUAGAAGCAGUUGUUAAAAGAACAGCAGGGGUCUUCUUGGCCCAGGAGAGGUGUCAACAGGAGCUUCACGCUGCCAUGAAAAGGUGCUUCGCUGUGGUCAACAGCUCUAUUUCAGAGGGCAUGUCAGCAGCCAUCUUGGAGGCCAUGCAUCUUGGGGUACCUGUGCUGGCUAGAGAUAUUCCAGGAAAUGCGGCUGUGGUACAGCACGAGGUCACUGGCCUUCUGUAUUCUUCCCCUCAGGAAUUUGUGCAUCAAUCUCAGAGGCUGUUGUCAGAUCAUGAGCUGAGAAAGAGAGUGGUGAGGAAUGGAAAACUCUGCGUGGAAAUGCAUCAUGGCGUGAAAGAGGAGAGAGAAACUUACCAGCGACUUGUGGACACUUUGCACUGAGCACAUUAAACCACAAUCUGUAUACUUCCUCAGGGUUUUCAGAAGGGGGGAAUAGAGCGUGACACCACUGUAUCUAUGUUGCACAGGUAUAAUUAUGGCAGGUGUCUGGUCGCAUAAUAAUCCUGUUUUAUCUGUGUUACCUAACUGAAAAUUAUACUGAAGAGUGCUUUGAACCAAAGACAUAAGAUAUUUAAGAUGCACUGUUAUUUAUGGUUUAAUUGUGACAAAGGCAUGGAUACUGUAUUUAUUCAUUCUGCUUAAUAAAUGACUGGUUUUUAAUCUUAAAAUGCUAUGAUAGUUUGUCAGACUUUUCCAAAUGAAGUCCAAGAUCUUUCCAGGCUAUA